AUGGACUCGACCACUCACCAGCUCUUGCCUGUUGACGCCAACGGCGGAGAAGGCCCGGAGCUCCCAGAUCCGUACGCAGCUUACCGCGUCUCAAUUCAUGCCUUGCACCAACAGAAUUAUGAUGAUCACGCCUCUUAUGCGGCAUCAUUUCCCACAUCGGCAACAACAACCGACAAUCACACGACCGAGCCUGUCCCAAACGGGCCAAUAACCGAUGCCGGCCUUGUACAAGGCCCCUUUACCGAUCUUCUACGCGAGGGCUGGGCAACAAGCGAUGGCGACUUUUUUCUCAGUGAUUUUGCCACAACCUCUCACGAACUUCCUCCAGACGAAAGUUCUCAAGAGGUAGUGGCUACGUCACUAGCAGUCGACAGCCCCAACCACAUCGCCAUCGCUCCGCUGCAGUCUACUCCGCAGCCUAGUCAGCAGGAGUGGAAUAGCAAGAAAUUGAUCCUCAAAAGGCUGUACAUAGAGGAAAAGAAAACCGCCCGCGAAAUCGUAGAGAUCAUGAAGCUGCAGCACAACUUUCAUGCCAGCAUCGACCAUUAUCGGAGCAAGUUCAGGAAGUGGGAAUUUAUGAAGUACUUGGGUCGAGAUGAAAAGCGCAAAAUUGUCCAGAUUAUGAACUGGCGCAGGAGAAUGGAGGGCAAAGAAACAGAGUUCUUCGUGGAUAAUCAACGAGUGUCCGAGGAAAAGAUUGCCAGGUUCAUUAGAACAUAUGGCAACCCGGCGAGCGCGCCACCAGACGACCUGGAAGUCUUCGAGGCGUUCCGAUCGCACGAAUUCGAAGUGAAUCUGGAGUGCUUCCAACGCAGAGCGUUCCUCUUGCUAGCGGCUGAGCACAGCACGCGGGUCCCUGCAGUUGCCUGCCAUGACUGUGGCUUCUUGUAUGCCUCCGUCUCGCAAAACAGCUUGGCAUCCAUCUUUGAGGGCACACUGCCUAUUUUGGAUAUGACGGACUCAUUGCUGGUAGCCGUCCUCCGCCUCGCCAUCCAGAAUAGAGACGACGCGCUCGUGAAGCACCUUGUGCACCGGUGUCAGCAGCCGGAAUUGGCUCAGCGCAUCCACCGUCAUUUGUUUUGCGUGGCACUGCAGCAUGAUCGCGGCACGCUGUUUUGCCAGCUCCUUCUUCACGGUCUUGACGUGAACGCCGUCGACGGCGGCAGAGCAACCGCCAAUAGGAGCCUGCUGGCCCAAGCACACCGGACGCUCCGUGAAUUCAUCAUGGCGCGUCUGGAUUCAAACGACAAUAUGAACGACACCGCCAGAGUGAUGGGGUUCAUGUACCGCACUGGCGUGAUGACACCGGAUUUCUGGAAAGAUAAAGUGCUGUGGAAGGCGCUGCGAAAUGGACGGGCGGACGUCCUCCGCGCCUGUUUACUGCAGCCGACCAAUGCCGUGCUCGAUAUCGAUGCACUGAUAAAGAAAGCGGCGAAGAUCCGCCGCAUUAUCCAGGAGACGGGCUCGUCCGAGACGGCUGCCGUGCUCGUCGCGGCUGCGAGCCAUAACCGUCACUAUCUGGUCUCCGAGAAGGGCGCAGCGGUGCUGCACCUGGCAACAAGUUUACUCCUCGCAAACGAGGUCCGUCUGCUCCUCGAAGGUGGUGUCGACGUCAAUGAAAAAACAGAAAUGGGCGAGACAGCUCUGCACAUUAUCGCCGGUCUGCCCUCGGAUGGCAACCACGUGGCAAAAAUUCUAAUCGACCGAGGUGCAGACGUCACCGCCACGGAUUCCGUCGGUGACACCGUCCUGCACAAGGCGGCCCGGCACAAAUGGGAGCACUGGCAGAAAGACUUUGCCUUGAUGCUGCUAGAGAAAGGCGCUGACAUCAACGCCUUGAAUCAUCGACGUGAGACGCCGCUCAUCGCGGCGGCCCAAAACCCCGACUUCGGAGCAGCCACGGAAGCCAUGAAGUGGCUGCUCCAGAAUAGGGCGAAUCCGAGCGCGCUCGACUGUGACGGCAACUCCGCGGUUACAUAUUACAAAUCGCGCGCUUGGGUGAAUCAGCUCGGAGCGUGGGAGGGAAGCACCAUGUUGGAGCAGCCCUGGAACUGGAGCGCCCUCGGCGAGCAGCAGGAGACAUGGGAGACGAGCCAGCGUGCCGACUUGUUGCGCGACCUGCUGCGGUCGUUGGGGUUUCCUCCGAUGUAA